AUGCUUCGGACACGCACCUCACGCUUGCGACCUGACUUCCUCGCUCGCGCAAGUCUUCAACUGUUGCUUCUAACCCUCUUCUUCUGUGCGCGCGCGCGCGUGAGCGGCCAUAGCUACUCAGUUAGCCUUAGUCGCAGCCUGCCGCGGCGCCAUCAUCUUUUGCCCCUACUCGCCGACCUUUUCCAACAACGGUCGGGUGGAGGAAAAAGGGGACAGGAGGAGGGACACUCUGUUGUGCUUGACGGCCAAAUAGACGGCCAAAUUGUCGGAACUGACGAAUGGCAAAAUGGCCGGCACACGGAGCUGCGUAGCAGCGCCAGACUUCCCCGAGGCGCGGAGUUCCCCGAGGAAGGCAAUGGCAAGGUUGGCGGCAUUUACGGAGACAGCAAUGGGAGCAGCAACAGUGACGGAACAAGAGGGGAGAAUGUCUCGCUCCCGCAUCGGUACUCGUUAUUGGACACCACCAGCACGACGACAACGUCGACAUUAUCUCUCGCCAGCAGCAGCAUGGCAGUGUACUCGACAAGCAAUGCUGUCGCCACCGAGACGCCUCAGCCCUGCUCCCCGCUUCUCACGGCGGUCAAGAUCGCCGUGUUCACCGAAGACGACUUCGCGCUGCGGCUGCAGUACUCCCCGCGAUCCACAGUCAUCCUGGAGCUCCAGUCCGACCUCGCCUUAACGCGCGGGCUGCUCUUUAACGCCUCCUACGCCUGCACCAUCCUGCGCUCCGCGCGCGCGCCGCCCAACGGCGCGACGCUCUCGCUCGCGAGCACGGACGAGCCGCUGCUGCGCAUCUGGAACACGAGCAACGUGCUCGUGCACGGGAUCAGCUUCCAACAGCCGUACACGGCCGCGUCGGCUCCUUGCGCGAACAUUCCGAGCAUCGGCGCGGGGAUCAUCUGCCCGACGGUGUCGAUCUACGGCUGCCAUCACGUGCAGGUGGUGAAGGGAACUCUGUUCGGGCGCAUCGACGUGUUCCGCAGCGUCGUGUCGCGCAUCGACAGCAUGAAGGUGACGGGCGUCUCGGAUUUCGACUUGAAUAACGGCGUGAUUCGCGUGGCGUACUGCGGGUACGGGCCGACGCUGGAGCCGUCGUAUAUCGCCAUCACGAAUAACGAAGUCUACGGUGUACACACGGGUAUUGUGAUCUACCGCGGGGCGGUGGGGGUAACCGUGCGAAACAAUUACGUGCACGAUUACCUUUUCGCGGGGAUUCGUUGCGGCGCUGACGUCAGCCUGCAGGGCGAUUGCAUGCUGUCGACGAUUUCAAACAACCUGGUUGUGGCGACCGCGCGAAACAUGAGCGGCGACCAAGACGCGGCGGGGAUUUAUUACUGUACACAUUGGUUCAACCCCGGGAAUGUAGCGGAGUGUAACUAUAUUUAUAACGGGGACCACUGUUACUACUUGGAUUAUGUUUCGUCAGGAAUCACAGUGCGCGGCGGUGCGUGCAUCGGGACUUACGACGGCAUCAAAGUCAACAACGGGAAAUGGAACUUUGUGGAGGAUGUGAUUAUGAAGAAUGUGACGGGCAUGACAGGGUGGUUCACAUGCCUCACGCCCACACUCAACAACUGCGCCAUCCGCCCGGGCACCUACUGGGAGUCCAUGCGCCGCAAGUACUACGACACGCCGCUCUGGAACAAUCUCUGGCCGUGGAUGAAGGACAUCUGUCUCGAUCAGACCAUCAGCGGCAACCCCUGCAACACCGCCAACACUCUCUCUGCCGCCCAAACGGGGUCAUGCAGCGGCCUGCCCUCCGACAAUUUCCUCGACCUCGUAAUCAUUAACAACAAGCGCAAUACUUGGUUCAAGUACUGCGAGAACCUCACCACUGUAGCCAUGUUCAACUACUGGAAGGUGACAAACGUUACAGAUGGUAACUCGCUUGGUUUCGCGAGCUUUGCGAAUGAUGACCUGGCGGUGACGGCGACCUCCCCAUUGGUUGUCAAGAAGCCCAAGUUCAAGAGCUGCUCAAGGGGGAAGGUGGGGCCGCGGAGAGUGCUGGACGUGUUUUACUACAGCAAUUUCAACCAACCGGAGCCCGACACGUAUGCGCUGGUGCAGCGAAUGGGCACGAAGCACAUCCAAGACAAUACGAGAUGGAGUAGUACUCCUUGA